AUGUUUAUAGUAGCAUUAAGCAUUAAACACUACAUAGACAGUCCAAUGUUCCAAAAAGAAUCUACCAUUGCAGCUGUUACUUCAACUAUGAUUGUCUCAUCAUUUUCAAAUAUUUAUUGCAUUCUAAGAGACAUGCAACUUUUAAAAUCAGAAAUGGGGCGUAUGGUAUUAUCAAUGGCAACCUUAAUUGAACUUAUGGGUAUAUCACAUCUUGUUUCCUUCGAAGCCUCGAUGCAAGCCAACGCUAGGAGGAUUUAUGUGUUGUAUUACAUGGUCACAAGUUUUUUUGUUAGUGGCUUUUUACUCUAUGCUAUACCACAAGUGAUGCAAUGGAUUAAUAAUCAUACUCCUAGAGUAAAAUCUGUGGAGCAAACAUAUAUUAUUGCUAUUUUGUUAGGAGUUUUUGUGUUCGGAUUUAUCACUGAUCUAUUCGGAUCUUCAAUUGGAAUCGGAUGUUUUUUUCUUGGGCUAGUAAUACCAGAUGGCCCCCUGAUAGGAGAAAGCAUUACACAUCAUGCUGAGGCUGUUACGGAUAACAUUUUAAUGCCAUUUGCAUAUGCUACUAUUGGCCUUACAAUGGACGUCUCUGGAAUGAUUAAAUGUUGGUCUUUCUUAGUUCCUUGCUUUACUAUGGCUGUUCUACCCUUUUUUGUUAAGUUUGCUACCAUUUUUGUGUCGGCUCGAUUUAUGAAUAUCCCGCAUAGAGAUUCUCUUAUUUUGGGUUUCGUAUUCAACCUUAAAGCUCAAUCAAAAUUUUUUCUCUUUCUUCAUUACGUGGAUUAUAAGAUCUUAAAGACGCCAUCUUUCAAAUUGUUGAUGACUUUGUCAAUCUUAGAAACAAUGAUAUUCUGCCCUAUAAUCAACUAUCUUUACGAUCGGACAAAACCAUAUAUGACCAACAAGAAAAGAACCAUUCAACACACAACAGAUGUGUCUAAACUUCGAUUGAUGGCCUGCAUUUACGACCAAGAAAGCAUGGCUAGCCUAUUUAGCCUCUUGGACUUCGUAAAUCCAACAACGAAUAACCCAUUUACAAUUUUCGUAAUCCACCUUAUCGAACUCUUAGGGCGAGCUACCCCUAUGUUCAUCGACCACAUGAAGGAGAUUGGCGAGUACUGGGACAACAACAAUGUCGCCAUCCACAAGUCCAUCAAGCUAUACGAGAAGGAUCGUAUGAAUUGCAUUACUAUGAAUUUAUUUACUAGUGUUACCCCUAAUCGGACCAUGUACCAAGACAUUUGUGAGAGUGCCUUGUUGAACAAGGUAAGAUUUAUUAUUUUACCCUUCCACAAGAAAUGCAUUAAAGAUGGGAAUGAUUUUUCGAGUGCCAUACUUAGGCCUGGUGUACAAUCUACUAAUGCUAAUACACUAAUUCAUGCACCUUGCUCCGUGGGAAUUUACGCAUGUAAGAAUGCUGCUACAUGGGAGACAUUCUCGUGUCGUUCGAAUCAAUGCACUCGUCGCCAAUUUGUUCUAUUGUUUCUUGGAGGGCCUGAUGCUCGUGAGGCUCUUGCGUUAGCAAGCCACAUGGUUGAACAUCCAGAUGUAUCAUUGAUUGUGGUUCGAUUCUUGGCAAAUGAACAAAGAGGAGAUAUUAAGUCGGAAAGGAAAAUGGAUGAUGGGGUGAUAACUUGGUUUUGGGUAAAAAAUGAGAGGAAUGAAAAAGUUGUGUAUAGGGAAGUAGUUGUGAACAAUGGUUUUGAAACGGUUUCGGCUAUACAAUCAUUGAACACAAGUGCUUCGAUAGAUCUUUGGAUUGUGGGAAGGGAAAAUGGAAUUAAUCUUACUUUAUUAGAAGAAUUAUCAGAAUGGAGUGAAAAUUCCGAACUAGGACUAAUUGGUGAUUUUUUAGUAUUAGCUGAUUUUAAUACAUCAGGAUCUGUAUUGGUAGUUCAACAACAAGUGUUGAGAAAUGAACGAGUUGUUCCUUUGGCUUGCUAUUAAAUUAGAUUUGUGAUGUAUCUACAUUUUUUUUUUAAUAUGUAGAAAGAAAACUCGUAGAGGAGUUGGUACAAAUCAUGAGUACAUACAUAAUAUUUUAUUUCAAACUUUUGUUAUAAUAUAUUUGAGGAAAAUGUUAUACAUAUCCCUUAGGCCGGACUACAUAUAAGAAGUUAAAAGUGGAAAAAAAAAAUGAAAAAAUAUAACUUAACAAAUACAUAAAAUUAAAUCAAAUUAGGGUUUCCUUCAUCAAAGCUACGAUUGUUGAAAAGAUCUUGCACAUUGGUACGUCUCUCGCGCACAUCGCUGGAAUAUACAACUUUUUCAGAGAAACUGCCUAACGAUUUGUUAUAGCCAUAAGGAUGAUUCGCAUCUAAUACGCCAGAACGCAUUUGAAAACUUGACAACCGUUGCGAUCCCGAACAAAUCUUUGCCAAAGAAAGAACUUACAACUGGGAAAAAGAUGAUUACGCUUUUGAUAAACACUAACAUACAAACAAACCCUAAACAUA